ACCAUGUACCAGGCGCUACAAGCAGGUCAUCGGCCUUUCCUGGUGCUUUGUUUAUUUUUGACAGUGGGUCGCGUCGACUCUUUGAAGUUUGAGCCUUUUUCUCCUACAAUGGGCUACAUGAGAACAUCUCCUGCGAAAUUUGACGCGGGCGUCUAGUGGAAACACGUAGGCUGCAGUAACGUAGAAGUUUGUGUACUAGCAAACAGCGAGAAUUACUUCACAGAAUACAAGUUACUUGGUUGAGAAGAGAUAUUUUGCUGAGGAGUACGAGUGAGGGUAAGCGCUAGCAACGGAAGCCAACAGGAUCUCUCGCAGCGGAGCGGAAUCUAAACGUUCUGGCGACUUAUCACAGGGCCAGGCCAGGGGGUUGCACGUCGAGCCGAGUGAGAUCUUAUGGAGCUCUAGUCCACGGCUACUCCGCGAGGACGAUUGGUGUUCUGCAGUGUGCUGACCUGUUCAACUCGGACGCACUUGCUUCGUGUCCGACGGCCUCGCAGCCAGCUAGCUGUUGCCACAGAGCUGCGUCCGGACGAGAAAGGAAUUCUUUGCACACACAAUUACAAGUACAAACAUCGGCGCUCGGUGGCAGCCGGCCGGGACUGCCGAAGCCGCCUGGCUGAAUGAGCAAGAAGUUGAAUGGAGACAUAGAAGCGAGGGACACCCAGUACAGUCUGUGUGAGCUUUACCGAGCAUCACUUGUACUGUGUGCGCAGAAUGUGUGACAGCGCCUGUAGCUUUCCUUCCUAGCAAGCAAAUCCGUGAUUUGGAGGAAUCCAGACUCCAAUUGGCUAGGACAACAACGACUUACUAGCCCUGAGCGCAGAGUCCAACAGCUUUGCUAGCCAAUAUCCAACCCUAUUGGCGUGCGUUGCCAGGGUAAUAGUAGCCACAAUGGCGGAAGCAGUCAAGGUCAUUGUGCGCUGUCGGCCGCUAAACAGGCGCGAGAAGGAUCUCAACUGCGGUGUGGUGGUGCAGAUGGACGAGAAGACCGGCCAGGUGGGACUAGUGAAGCCCGGGGCCGAGAGCAAGAAGGAGCCGCCGAAGAACUUCACCUUUGACGGCGCAUUCUUCGUCAACAGCUUGACGGAGACUAUAUACGAGAACAUUGGUUUUCCGCUGGUGGAAGGCGUAAUGGAGGGCUACAAUGGAACAGUGUUUGCAUACGGACAGACGGGCUGCGGCAAAAGCUUUAGUAUGACGGGAAUUGAGGAUCCACCAACGCAGCGGGGUAUCAUACCAAGAGCCUUCAAACACAUAUUCGAAUCCGUUGCCAGUAACAACGAGGCAAAGUUUCUCAUCCAUGGUAGCUACCUGGAGAUUUACAACGAGGAGAUCCGUGACUUACUCGGCAAAGACAGCAAGAGCAAGCUUGAUCUUAAGGAGCAUCCUGAUAAAGGCGUGUACGUCAAAGAUCUGACCAAGAUGGGAGUGCACUCCGUGGCGGAGAUUGAACACGUUAUGGAGCUCGGCGGCAAGAACCGGUCGGUGGGUGCCACUCUGAUGAACGCCGACUCGUCGCGCUCCCACUCCAUCUUCACCAUCAGUCUGGAGCGGUGCGACGCCGAUGCUGAUUCCGGUGCUGGACUGCGAGCGGCCAAGCUCAACCUGGUCGACUUGGCAGGAUCGGAGCGGCAGGGAAAGACCGGGGCCACGGGGGAUCGCCUCAAGGAGGCCACCAAGAUCAACCUGUCCUUGUCGGCGCUGGGAAACGUCAUCUCGGCGCUAGUGGAUGGUAAAGCAAAGCAUAUUCCCUAUCGUGACUCCAAGCUGACGCGUAUGCUGCAGGACUCAUUGGGAGGCAACACCAAAACGCUCAUGGUGGCGUGCGUCAGCCCGGCCGAUAACAACUACGAUGAAACGCUGAGCACAUUGCGCUAUGCUAACCGAGCCAAGAACAUCAAGAACAAGCCGAAGAUUAACGAGGACCCCAAGGAUGCAUUGCUGCGAGAGUACUCCGAUGAGAUUGCACGCCUGAAGGCCAUGCUUACUGGUCAAGGUAUACCCACAGAUAUAUCUGCUGCUCAGUCAUCUACUGGUGCCAGUGCCGGUGCCGGGGCAAAUUCUCGUGAGCUGGAAGAGGCGCGUGAAGCAGCCGCCAUUGCGCAGCGCGAGGCCGAGGAGAUACGCCGUCAGUAUCAGCAGCAGGUCCAGGAGAUGCAAGCAUCCUUCAAGGCGGCUCAGGCUAGCAAUGAGGAGCUGGAGAGGAACCUGGCCUCGCUGCAAACCGACUUCAAGUCCAAAGAGGCGGACGCCAAACGACGCCUUUCGCACGCCGAAAGUCAGCUGACGAGCCUUGCACCCGGUCAAGACGGUGGAGAACAUAAUCAGGCAGUGCAGGAUGCGGUCGUCUUCAACGCGGAAGAGGCGGCUCAUGGCGAGGAGCCAACGGGAGCACAGCAGCAGAAACACCGCAAGCUGAGACAGGCGGCACCACACCAGCAGCAGCAGCAGGCCGGGCUACCGGCUUCUACGGUGUCAAACGCCACGGCAACGAUGGCGGCACAGUCGUUGUCGUCGGCAACCAGUCCACAACAGGUCGCCGCGCUGCAGCGCUUGCAGCAGUUGCAGGGCCAGCUGGUCGGCGGGGAGAGGGCGGGCGACUCCGUGCUUAAGGAACAGCUGCAGACGCGACGCAAGCACGCAGACACGAUGAAGGAAACGCUCGCUCAAAAUCUCGAGGACGACGGAGACCUCGGUGUGAUGGAGGCGAUUUAUGAUAAUAUGCAGGAUGCCAUCAGGGCAAAGCAUAAGCAACUGGAGAAAGUCACGGCCAGGCUGAAAGCAUCCGAAGCAGAGGUUAUGGAUCUCCAGGAGGAGUUUGAGAGAGAUAGAUACGAUUACCUGGACACUAUAAGAAAUCAGGACAAGGCUCUGGCAUUGCAGCAGCAGAUUCUGGACAUCGUCGUACCGUGCUUACGCCAGAACUGCAACUACAAGAACCUCGACUGGGUGAAGAACGUAGCUGUGUGGAACGAGGAGGAUAGAUCCUGGAAACUACCCAAGCUUGAGCUGGUCAAGGACAAUCUUCCGGCAGCUACAGCCGUGGGGUUAACCAGUGAUAAGCGAGAGCAACACCCGAGGGAAUCGCCACACAGGGGACGCGUCAUCACGCACGGCGUCGAUCAGGCGGCAGGCAGCAGGACCGCCGUGGGCGUUCCAAUGCACAUGACUGCUGGCGGUGCGAGCGGUGUGGCAAACGGUCGGAGCAGUCCAGCAACCGGCAUUCAACCCGUCGCAGGCCGGAGCAUGUACGAGCAACUCGACGAGGACAGCGCGGACAGCGACGCACGUCUCCGCGCCAAGCUCAGCAACACCACGGAGUCGGACUACUUCAAGCCGAAGCGUGCCACCCAGCUCCUGGCGGAGGCGGCCGAGCAGCGUCGGCGGGGGCCAAUGCCGACGCCGAACUACCAGCAACGCUACGACGCCCUGCCCAAUCCCAACCAGCUGCCACCGUACCUCUCCAGUAGCGGUGGUCCGCAGUUGAAACCACUGAACUGGCUGACGGGUGACAACGCCCAUCCUCAGACACCGCCACAGUCACAGCAGACACGGCAGGAGAGAAAGCCGCCGCCGAAGAGCGGGCUCGGUCGGCAUGGAGCGCUGGAGCCGCUAAAUAAGGACGUGUUCCGACGACCUCCGUACUGACCCGCCAUCCAUAAUUAGACUUGCUCAAUCAUAAUGCAGAUGUGUAGUGGCAGUGACCAUGCAUAUGAUAAUGGAUAUCUAUUCGCCUGCACGAAUGUCGGAUGGUGAGUAGGCGUGGUAUUGGCCGAUGAUAUCGUCUUGGUAACCUGAUAAACGUGUAGCUACUGUGCAACCUCAUGAUGUACGUGACGAGACAUUGGUGUUAUGGUUGUUUGCUAAACCGAUGUCGCUGUGCCUUCUACUCCUUGAGUUUGCAAUAACCCUGCAUGUUAUGCUUGCUACGAGCUCGUAUUUGCAACAGCAGCAUCUGAUAAUAAGCAGCCGCUGCAUUCUCUAUUAAAUUAUUUUUCAAAAACGACACGAUGCCAAUAAUUGAUUCUGUCAUACCCGGCCCCCUCUGUCGGUGAGCCGCAUUCAACUAAUUGUUACUUAAACAACCUUUGCAAGCCGCAGAAAACCCUACAUCAUCAUCACCGAAGCAAGUGGCUUCUUCGCUGCAAAUUCCAUGCAUAGUCUCAAUCAAAUUUUCGGCCAGGAAGAUGAUGGUUAUAAAGUACCUAAAGAGGAGCUUGCACACCUUUUAAAGAAACACAUGUAAGCAUGCAGCACUUUUGACUUAUCUUCCUCGCAAUGACUUUGUCUGUCUGUGACGAGGAGCUAUCCAGGCUCCGAUGCUCCCAGUGGUGCGAUAUUGUUCCGACGCGUUGUUCUACUGUUCCUGUUUAUGGCGUUCACGUACCGUCGGGAUUCCCUGCACUUCUGUUUUGUUCCAUGCAUGCUCUCUGCUAGCGACUAAGUGUCUGUGCAAAGACAGUGUGUGAGCCUCGAA